AAUAAAUAAUUGAGAAUAGAGAGAGACCUCUCACCAAACCUUCCACAUAAAGCCAAGUUAAAUGGUGGGCCCAACGAAACAAACUUUAAGGGGCCUUCAGAGAGGCUUCUGACCAAUCAUAUAUCCAUUAUCACUUACUAGUAUACAAACAACCACAACCACUAACUUUUUUUUUUUUUCCUCUCGUGUUCGCUCACAAGUCACAACCACCACCACUUCCCAAUGUCGUCUUCUCCAACCACCACCACCACCACCGUCCACGGCGAGCCUGAUCGGCGAACGUACUGGUGCCACGAAUGCGAUAUGAGCCUAUCUCUCCUCUCGCCAACAUCCUCCGUUUCAUCUCCUCUCGUAUGUCCCCAAUGCGACCUCGAUUUCCUCGAACGUAUGGACGACGAAUCAUCUCCCACUCUCUUUGACGUUACCAUCGGCGACGGCGAACAAGAUGAUCAUGACGAUGACGACGAUGACGAUGAGGAUUGGUGUUUCGUUGAUCCAACUGUUAAUUCCGAUGAUAACUUCCUCCUCGACAGCCCUUACCUCCACCGUCUCCUCCGCCAUCUCGCCUCCGAGAACUCCGGAUCUUCCUCCUCCUCCUCCUCUUCCGCUUCCUCGUUGUUGAAAUCUUCCGAUAUCGAUUCGAUUCCGACGAUCCAGAUCUCGUCCUCUAUCCUCUCCUCGGAUCCCGAUCCAGAUUCCGUCUUGCUCUGCGCCGUCUGCAAAGAGGAUUUCUCCGUCGGAGAAUCCGCUAAGAGGUUACCGUGCAGUCACAUCUACCAUUCCGAUUGCAUCGUCCCUUGGCUAUCGGAUCACAACUCGUGCCCGCUCUGUCGAUUCGAGCUCCCCGCUGCGGCGAAGAAAGCGGAAACCGUCGGUGGUGGUGGCUCGGACGCGAGGAUCCGGUUGUCCGAUCUGGCUUCGAUCGUGGACGGAGACGAGGAGGAAGACGAUUGGCUCGGAAUCAGAAACGCGUUGAGACGGCUCGCUCGGCGUCAUGAGCAGAUGAGGUUGGGUGUGGGGGAGAUGGAGCGGAGUCUUGCUCGGACGGUUUCGGGUUUGGAGAAUGCGAUGAGAAGGGAAAGGGAUUGAAGAAGGAUGAUGGAAGCAACGUGACGGCGCGUGUGAACAGUUUCUAAAUCAAAUAAAGCGCGUGUGUUUUUCGUCGUCUUUUUUUGAUAAGUCUCUUGUUUAUUUUUACAGAUUCGGCAUUUUAAUCGGUUCUUGAUUGUGUGACAUGAAACGAGACUUGUUGUUUUAUGUUCGUGGGGUUUCUAGUCAAUCAAAAUGAUGGUCUGCAAUAAUUUGAUUAAAUAAAACAUUAAACGUAA